AUGAACAGGAAAAGUAAUACUAUCAAGAAUAUUAAUGUAUACCCCAGACAUUACUCCCAUAUAUCUAAAGACUUUAUAACUACAGAUAUGUCAACUAUAAAAAUAUACCAUAAAAAAGAGAAAAAAUAUGCAUUAGAUUUUGUUACAAAGUUUUUUAUAUUUGCCCUUUUAACUUGGAUGUUACAGUGUUCUAAUAAUUGUAAUAUUUGUGCAACGUGGAAUUACGAAAAUAACUUAAAAAGUAUAUUAAAUUUAGGAGCUAAAAGAUUAUUAACAGAAAGUAACGAUACAAUAAAACAAAAAAAAGGAUUACAAUGCUAUGAACAACAUGGUAUGAUGACAAUAAAUUUAGAACCAAGCGAUGAGCAAAAUGAAAUAGAGCAGAAUAUAAAUGUAGAACAAGAAAAUGAAAUAGAGACAAAAGAGAAAUAUAAAAAAGUAAAAUUUAAUGAAAGAAUUUCAGACAAAUGUGUAAAUAAUUUUAAAACAAUUUCAUUAAUUUUAGCUUUUCUCAUGUCAUUUAUUUCAUUCGUAUUAUCUCCAUUACUUAUAAAAUACUAUAUUAAAGGACUUAGAAGUAGUAUUUUUAUUCUAUGUAAUUUAUCUUCUAUAAUAUUUUUAAUCUUUUUAAUUUACGAGGAAAUAAAAAUAAAACGUAAAAACAAAUAA